AUGGAUCAUGGAAGAAGGACUCUUGAGUAUGAAACCAUUGAUCAUGUGUUUAUUUGUGUGAUUUCAAUGAAGGGCCAAUCAAGAUUCGGCAAGAAGGGCAAGUUGUCACCCCGAUAUAUUAGGCCAUUUCAGAUUUUGGAAAGGCUAGGUCCAGUUGCAUAUGAAAUUACUGAACCUUCGAUGAUGGAACAAAUGCAUAAUGUGUUCUACAUGUCGAUGUUGAGGGGUUACCUCCGAGAUCCAUUCCAUAUUAUUGAUUAUCACCAAAUAGCUCUCGACAAUAAUAUGGAAUAUGAAGCAAGGCCAAUACAAAUCAUUAAUCGGAAAGUGAAUGGUAAAGGUGGAAUGGAAGGAACAUUACGGUACAGAGGCAACUUAGGAGAAUGA